CUAGCUGGCAGGACGGGACAGGUCCCUUUCAUAAACAGGACAGGGCCAGGGAGAAGUGCUCAGAGAGACCUGGGAUUUCGAAGCAGCUACGCAGUGCCGAGGAGCUGAAGAAGAAGAAUACUUAGUAGAAGAUACUUGCACUGAUGCACUUGACUGACUGAAGAGGAUUUAUUUCUUAAAGUGAACAGCAGAGGAGAGAGGGAUGGAUUCCUUCUGCAGUCUCAGUGGGCUAGACCCUCUAUGGGAUUGGAACCAGACAUGGUACACUCCCAACCCAGACCUGACCCAGUGUUUCCAGAACACAGUGCUGGUGUGGGUGCCCUGUAUCUACCUCUGGGUGUGCGCACCUUUCUAUUUCCUGUACCUCUACUGCCAUGACCGCGGGCACAUCCGCUUGUCCUGCCUUUGUUGCACCAAAGUGGUCCUCGGUUUUCUCCUGGCCUCAUUUGGAUUCGUAGAGUUUUUCUACAUUCUGUUGGAGAGACACAGUGAGAUCCAGCAGCAUCUGGUGUUCCUGGUCAGCCCUGGGAUUCGAAGCCUUUCUGUGGUGCUGGCGGUUCUGCUGAUCCAGAACGAGCGGAGCCACGGCUGUCGAUCCUCUGUCUUCCUGUUCAUCUACUGGCUGCUGGCAGUCGUCUGUGCGCUGGUACCCCUGAGGGCAAAGAUCCAGCUUGCUGUCGAGGAGGGUUUCUCGUCGGACGUUGUGCGUUAUGCUGCUUUUUUCUCCCACUUUGCCCUGCAGCUGGCUGAACUGGUCCUGUCCUGUUUCGCUGACCAACCCCCCUUUUCUACAGUGCCCAUCAAAGAGACAAACCCUUGUCCAGACCAGGACGCCUCCUUCCUCUCUAAGAUACUCUUCUGGUGGUUCACUGGGCUGGUGGUAAAAGGAUACAGGACACCACUGAAGGCUGAAGACCUGUGGUCUCUGAGGAAGGAUGACACAUCUGAAAAGAUCAUCUCUGACCUGGAGCAGGAGUGGACCAUGGAGUGUGCCAAGCUACAGCAAAAAACAGACUCCUUGCCCCCCACGGCCACACUGGGCUCCAGGAUGCCUGACCAGGCCCAGCUGCUCAGGAAGCUCCAGAAGGAGCAGAGUUCCGGUUUCUGCCUGCUGAGGGCGCUAGCGAGGGUGUUCGGCCCCUACUUCCUGUCAGGGACGUUGUGUCUUGUGGUGCACGACGUCUUCAUGUUUUCCAUCCCACAGGUACUCAGGUAAGAGAGGGUGAUCCACACUCACCUGCACACAGUCACAUCAGCUUUAAAAACGC